AUGGCGAGUUCAAGCAAGCAGACUCGCGGAAAACAAAAGAUUGAGAUGAAGAGGAUAGAGAAUGAUGACGAUCGAAUGAUUACGUUCUCAAAACGUCGAUCUGGCAUAUAUAAGAAGGCGAGUGAGCUCGUGGCCAUGUGUGGCAUAGAAGUUGGAGUUGUUGUCUUCUCUCCAACGGGGAAACCCUACUCAUUCGGCCAUCCCUCUGUCCAGACCGUAUUAAACAAGUUCCUAAAUAGGAAUGUUCCUCCGCCUGCGGACGACAAGUUGCAACCACUCAUCGAUGCCGAUAUAAGAAUGAGGAGAGAAAGUUACAAUGACUUUUUCAAUCAGCUCCUCGCUCGACUGGAUGAUGCAAAGGAGAGAGGAAAGAAUCUGUCGAGGAUUACCCAUGCUACGAGCGAAGGGAAUUCCUCGAACUGGGAGCGCGGGUGGUGGGAGAAGCCCCCUCAAGAGCUCUCAUUCGAUGAGCUCAAGAAAGAGGCCUUGUUUCUAGAGGCAUUACACCGGGAGAUAUGCAACUUCCUAAACUACCCUGCCGAUCUAAAUGCCCUUGGCCUUGUAGAUCCAGUACCCGAUCCUAGGGCAGUGAAUGAUCCACCUACUGGGGUAGAAGAUGGUGCUAGUCCUUCUGGGGAGGAUGUUCAGGAUUAA